AUGACCUCACGUCGGGGAACCCCAACCACGCCCUUCAUCCCUCCACUCGGCAGCCCAGGCGACCCUGCGUCUGCCCCAGUCAUCCCAAAUAGCGGAGGGUCGCCAAGCUGGAAUCCUACAUCUUACGCACCUCCACCAGGGGCGUCGCCAUACCACGGAACACCAUUCAUUCCCCACCUCAGCCCCGCUGCCUUGGGACCUCCCGUCAUCCCAGGUGUCAUGCCCCCGCCUGGGCCUCAACACCAACGUAGCUCGUCGCGAGGACAGCCGCCAGGAGUCUCAUCUGAUUAUACGGGUUAUCCACAGGGAACACCAUACUAUGGACCGUCUACAGCACUGCCCGGCUCAUACACACCGGCAGCGCCACCCAUUUCACCAGCAUGGGGAUACCCUUCCUCUGCACCAGCGGGGUUUCCUGCGUUUGGCGGAACACCGUGGGGAGCACCAGGACAGAAUCUUCCUCCCCAACACCACUCAACGCCUUGGGGUGGCCCGCCAUCAGGACUGCCUCCGGCUGCGCCAUACUCUGCCGCGUUUCCGGGUAUGCCCCCGCUACAUGCUGCCCAGGGCCCGUACACGCCAUUUCCCGGUAUGACCCAACCAGGGCCUCCUCCAGGGUGGGGGCAACCCCAGCAACCUCCGUGGUUCCAGCAACAGUUCCAGCAACCGCAUCAGCCACGCGGGGCGCCAGGCGGAGAUUGGGGUAUUCCCUCGUAUUUCGCGCCAUCCCAGCACCCUCGAGGACCUCCGGAGCCGCCUGCUCAAAUCGCGGAUCGGAUGGAUCCCUUCGCCGAAGGUAGCCACUAUGGCCCGGUGCUCGAACCGUUCCUGGUGAAAGUCGUAGGCGCCCAAGUGAAGAUCAAUCCUCUCCUUCAACCACUUCCCGAGGACGGCUCGGAUCAGGUGCACCUGAAAUGGAAUAUGAUUUUCCCAACGUCGACGGUGCAGCGCUCAUUGGACCCCUCGCACAUCUCGUGGUCAAAAGGACGCGACACGCCAGCGACAUUCCCGAGGAUAACGGCCAUGAGGCUCGUCUCGACCGCGAUCCCAUGGAUGACGAACAUCAAGGCGCGCAACCCGGAGAAAGGGCUCACAUGCGGGGAAGUGAUCGACGCGAUUGGGUACGACAUGUCCAAGUUCACAAGCGCCCAGGACUUCAAGGUCCUCUCCCCGACCGACCAGAAGGAAGUAACCAACGCGUACCGGCACCACCGAUCGCGUUCCCCAGGUGUUCCGGGAGGCCAGUUAGGGCAGGGCAUGAAGCGUCUCGACUUCCUGCGCCAGAACACGAUGUUCGCGGGGAUCGAGGUGAACGACCGGAUGGUGAAGCGGAUCUGCGGCGAGGCACUGCCGUGUGUUUUUGUGCUCAAGUGCUCGCCGACGUUCCCGAUGACGAAGCAAGAGAUCAAGGACCGCGAGGCGAGAGCGAAGGCAACGAGUGCGGGAAGGCGGUCGAGGGCGAACUCGACGAGCACGCGGAUCACGGUUCAGUCGCCCAGUGAGAGUGGAGACUCGGGCGACGCGGAUACGGAUCGGUGA